ACGAGGCCUCUCACUUCGUCGGUGGCACCCGACUCGGACGGUUCACUGUGUAUCCCUUCGUAUGCCAAUAGAAAUAAAUGAUUGGAAAAAAAAUCCAACAAUUAUAACGACAAACAAGAAUAUCGAUUAAAAGAGAAAAGCAUCUCACGAUUACCUCUGUCGACGCAGUGUCUCUACGCUUGGCACUAAUCUCCACUUAAUAACAGUUCAUUUAUUUGUAAACAAAAGGUUAGGGAGUGCUCUUUUUAAUUUACUGUGAAAGGUGAAAUGACAGCUGCAAAACGUGAAUACUGUUGUGUGCAUGUUAAACGUGAUUACGCUCAAUCAUAAAUGAGAUUAGAUUGAAUGGGAAUUAUUUUAACAUUUGAGUGAUGAAAAUUGAAUUGUUGGAGUGAGUGAAAUUGUGGAUACCACAGAUGGAUUAGAUAUUCUUUUGAAGAAAGGCAGCGCGAGAAUGAUCGAGCCGGUCUUACCUUCACACUCGGCAGAGCCAGACAACAGUAAAAAAUUAGGUGUUAGCAACGAGUUAGCUAUAGAUACUGCACUGAUAACUGGAAAUGACAAUGACAAGCGUCGCUGUAGGGCCGGCUAGCCUCGGUGCGCCCCCUACCAUGCUUACACCAAAGAGAUACCAUUAUCAGCAGGGUAUGACGCCCAACUCAGCCUCACCCACUCCUACAAAGAAUUACGAGACCCUGAGUAAAGGAAAAAAGUCGUGGAGCGUUCGUCUGGGUCUCUCCCGCCAGAACCAAGCGACCGAGGAUCUGAAUGCCAAGGGCUGGGGUACAAUAAGCGGUGGCAGUGCCUUGUCCCGUCAGAUGUUGUAUGGUGAGCCAUGGCUCUAUGGCACCGUGCGUGGUGUGCGAGGUGGAUUGGACACUCGUGGUUUUCUCACACCUCCACCGCCACCACCACCCGGUGCACCAGUCCUCGUUGUCUGCUCCUGUCCCGAGUUCCUCAGUGGUACAACAAGGAAACUCGGUAAUUGCCGAAAAUGCGGGGGUCACAGGCUCGCUGGUGUUCCACUGGGUGGUACGUGCCGCAUACCCGGCAGUUCAGCCAGGGCCAGACCUAGUCUUGCUGGUGUCCUGAGGCCAUCAGCCGAUGAUCCGUACGACCUGAUGCGCCGUAGUCGUCUAGUAGAACCCCGUUCCCGUGCCCGAAGUAUAUCCCCCCACCGUCAGCCCAAUAGCCGUGAUAGUCGGAGUCAGAGUGUCAUCAGACCAAUAAAAGAACGCAAAGUAAGUGGCGAUGUCUCCCGUACCGAGUGGUUCGACGCAGAGAUCAACUACCCCGAGGACUCAACGCGAGGGGACUGGUUAGAGGAGAACAUCAAAGGCCCCAAGAAGACGAGAUCCUGGCAGGAGACACCGGGCGUUCCUCACAAGGCUGACGAUUGGAAGGAUCCAGCGGUAUCAUCAAAUCCGGUAACCGAUUCCAGACGGAGCAUUCUGGAGUGCAAUGUUAACCCCUACCUUCUGGUGAAGAAGCAAUCGAGAGACGAAGACGACCUGAGCGAUGACUUAUCGGACAAUGCCUUGGAGUUGGAGGAGAGGCCCUCAUCCAGUCUCUUCGACCCAUCAAAGGUGAAGUCAAUUGAACGAGUGCCAAAUAGAGGAGUUGUUGCUGCCAUCGGCGGGCAGAGGAUCCGGGUCUUCAACGAGCCGAGAGAGAUCUCCGACGAGGAUGACGUCCCUCUCACGAGAAUACCCAUACCAAAGGUGUCGCCCAAACGGCCACCGAGGCGACCCAAAGAAACCAAAAUCACGGUGAAAAGUAUCUUGAAAAGAGGUAGGUCAGAUGGAACGCGCAAGAGUGUUCUCUUUAACGUUAAUAACGUCAUCUUCGCUCCCGAAAAGUCCACCGACAUGAUGGCGACUAUUAGGCGACUCAGCAAGAUCAAUUCCCCUCCUAAAGAGGAGGAAAUCACGAUGGAGCAGCCGAUAGUGCCCCAGGAUAUUCUCAUGGAGCGCCCGAAAUUCAUAACAAUUCCGAAUAUAAGAGAGCCAAAACGCCUGGAGAAGCGCACCAGUACAAUUCAUGAGGCUAGGAUUGUUCCUGAGAUGAAGAAUUAUCCCAGCGUUGAGAGGGGAUCGCUGAAACGACCGGAAGUGCCGGCGAGGAACAAGCGAAUCUGUGAGGCUGAGCGAAAAUGUCAAGGGGAGAGUUGUGCAAAUGAAGCUGGGGUGAGUGGAGGGAGGAGCGAGGAGAUUGAACCCAGGCCGGAUAGGCUCGAGGAUGAUACCGAUCUGGAGAUUGAGAUCGAAGAGCUCAAAGACCGAAUGGAGGAGAUCCCGAGGGAAGAGAGGGAAUUAAUUACCAAGGCCAAUGAUAUAAAUCGAAAGUCCGUUCUCACUCGUAGCCAGAGUGAUCGUGCAGUAGCUUCCAAACCAGAACUGUCGGUGGCCAACAUCCAGUAUUUGGAUACAAUGCGAUUGAGUCUCCGUCGAGCUAAGGAUUCCCAAUCGCCCCCAGAGCCUCCGGCCCAGCCCUCUACACCCCCUGCUCAAUCCCCGCAAGACCAACUCUCAAACUCCCCGGUGAAGCUGCCAGAGCUGAUCGAGAAGGACGCAGAGCCGCCCCCGGAGGCCGCUCCACCUCCAAUACUCUCCGAAGAACAUUUUCGAAGAAUGCGUCCAACCACCUGGUCCCCACCUCCAGGAAAACCGAAACAUCAGGCCCGCGAGCGUGUGAGUGAUCCGGGCCCCUUCGACCAUGCAAUCGUCAUCUGUCCACCCCCAAAAAUAAUGUCAGAGCCGUCAGACGUUCAGUGCACCAACUGGAAGUCCCCCAACACCUCCUCAGAGGCCCCGACCUCCUCUCGAAUUGAGAUAAUCGCCCCCGGGCCGUCAGAAAAUAUCUGCAAGAUAACGGUGAACCCCAAGUCCUCUCCCUUGGUCCACCGACUUCAGGUGGGCGGUAGCGAAUUCCCCAAAGGCUCCGGACGUACCUCCAUUCUCAUUAAUGGGGACCAACCUACCGAAACUGAGCCCAGUAAAGACGACAACAAAGUGACAAUCAGCGUUGGAGGAGAGGACAGUGUCUGCAAUCCAACAGUCAUAUCAGUCAAUUCCGAGAGCUCUCCAAUGAUUCAGAACUCUAUCGAGAAUAGAACUUUGGUUAUUCUGGAUAACUACAAAGCGAACAUUGUUCUUGAAUCGCCUAUGGAGGGAAAAUCAAAAGCCGAAGAGGGAAAUCAGGAGGAAAUCUCGGCAAGUAGUGAGGGAAGAAGUAAAAAAGGUGAUCGACUGCCUCGGCAGGAGAAGGCGAAUGAUGUGAGUCAGGAUAUAUCGAGGCAUAAGUGGCCAAGCUUAUCGAAGGAGUCUUUGAUAUCAAAGUUGCUGGAGGACUCGUUGAGAAAGGCCCGUGAGAAUGGAGAGAUUCUCGAUGAGAGCAGUGGCGAAGCCAUUCUCCGGAUUUUAAAGCAAAGUCUACUCAAGUCCAAGGAUUAUGAAAGUUCGGAGUCGACCCUGGAAGCUGAUAAUUCCUAUUCAAGAUCACCCAGCAGAAAUUCGGAUGUUGAUUUCAUAUCGACGAAUCUCUUCCUCGAGGAGAACCCUUACGAGGUAAUUAAGGAGCCAAUUUAUGAGGAGAUUCCGGACGAGCCUCCACCACUGCCGCUCAGUCCUCCACCUACCGAGGACUACAUCAAAGACCAGCUUUAUUUUCCGGAUGAGUAUAAGGAGGUUUAUUAUAAAAAAGUCAAUGCUGGCAAGUAUCUCGGCUCCUAUCUGUCUGAUGAUCUAUUCAAGAAAAAUCUCGAGGAUGGUGAGGGGGAUGGCGACGCUGAUGGGGAUAUUUACCUCUCCAAGAGUCCGGAAGAAUUCUUUAAGAAGGUGGCGACGGCAGCCGAUGGAAAUUUAUCGAAAAAAUUUGAAUUACUUAAUUUUUUGAUGGACGCAAAGGAAACGACAGUGCCCAUCGAGGAGGAUGAGCUCGAGGAGGACGAUGAAGAGGAUGUGGAGGACACUGAGGGCGAUCUUGAGGCACUUUAUGAACAGAAGGAGACCAGCAUGGGUGACUUGAGCUCGAAAAGCUCACAGAUUUCUAACGUCAGCGACAGCAGCGAAGAGUGCAAUAUUAUUCUUACCAGUUCUCCUGAGGCUUCGAAGACACGGACAGUGGAUAUCGAGAGAACAGACAGUGGCGUAGGCUCGGAGAGCAGUCAAGCGAGCAGUAGUCGAGGUAUAGGUAGACGAUGGAGAGCAGGAAAUGCCACCUCCUCAGGACCAUCGAGUCUUCUCAGUGGAAUACCACAGGUCAUAUCCGGCGAUGCGAAACUAUGUGAAGACUGUGAACAGCGUUUAGAGCCACUAAUAACCGACAGUGGAGUUGUUUAUGCGCCAUUUGUCUGUCGAAAGUGCUCGAAAAAGCGCGCGGAAAGAAAGGAAAUAAUAACGGAAAUUGUUGAGACUGAACAGAAAUAUGGGCGGGACUUGAGAAUUAUUCUCGAGGAAUUUCAUCGGCCCAUGCUACGCGCCGGACUAUUGACACCCGAACAAUUAUCAGCGAUAUUUCUAAAUGUCGAGGAGUUGCUGGAGCACAAUCUUGUCCUGGCUGAAAAACUAAGGGAAGCGGUGGAGAUGAGCCAAAUGGCGGGAGAUGAAGAUCUUAUUGGUGUAGAUGUAGGAAAAUUUUUCCUCGAGUCGGAACGCAUGCUCCACGCUUUCGAGAGUUACUGCACAAGACAGGGUGGUGCUAGCCUCCUUCUCCAGAAUCUCGAGAAGGAGAAGGAACUGCUCAGAAUAUUUCUCAAAGUCUCUCAGAUGGAGAACACUGUCUUGCGGAGAAUGAAUUUAAAUUCAUUUCUCAUGGUGCCAGUGCAGAGGGUCACCAAGUAUCCACUACUGCUCGCUCGUCUCCUUAAGGCCACACCCAUUGGAAGAGGGGAUGUGCAGGAGGCGAGGAAGAGGCUACAACAGGCUCAGGCCAAUAUUGAAUUACAUUUAGAGCAUAUGAAUGCCGAAGCCAAAGAUGUUACUUCAACAAAGCUUUGGCGGCGAAUUUCAAUAAUUCAAAAUGGUAGGAGAUCGAACGGAGAGCAAGAUAUGGUGAACAUAAAAUUGAGAAAAAUGGCUGUAGAAGUACUAGAAUGGGCACACGAAGAGGCAAGAUUCGUCCUGGAGGGACGGCUUCUCGUUGCUCAGCCGACAGACAAUAAUUGGAAGAGAGGAAGGACUGUUAAACUUGCACCUGUCACUGCCAUGCUUGUCACCAACGGGAAGUCGAAUACUGAUUUCCUAGCUACCAACGACGACUCCCUAUUCCCGAGACAAAUUGGGAUCAAGGAGGCGACAUUACUAUUGGUUAAAGAAAAAAUUGGACGGUACUCUCUUCUCCGAGAGCCACUGUACCUUGAUAAAUGUAUCGUAUGCUGUGAAACGGAUCUCGAAGAUUUCUUUGAAAUCCAAGAAUUGUCUUCGAAGGAGACAUUCAUCUUUAAAGCAGAAGAUGGCGAUCGAACAAAAAGAUGGUGCAAGACCCUUCAAGCCCACGCACAGUCUCUGGGGGCUUGGCGAAGACGGCGUGGGGCUCUCCCCAAUAUAAUGAUAUGCGGUGUCGCCAGAAGUUGAGACAGAUCCUUUCUCCGGGGUUUGCUAACCAAAUAAACUUUUCUCCACCAUAGCAGCCUCAGACAAAUCAAAGAGUCAACGAGAUUUACAAAAAAAAAUCACGGAACUAUGAACUCGAAACUUUAAAGAAAUAUAGCUUUCAUUAUAGUGCGUUGCAGAAAGUUAAAUUUCCUACGUAACUGUAAACGAAUACCGAAAGAUCAUGCAGUGGUCUAAUCAAAUAGUCCUCCUAUUGUCCACUUGCUAAGUAACAGUUAUCGACGCAUUUCAUGAUGAAUAAUACGUACUUAAUAUAUUACUCUAGGACUAGAGCUUAUUUAAAAUUUGAAUAAUCAUACAGAAUACUUGGAAAUACUUUAAAAAAAAAUUGUGUAGCUGUGAUAUCGACCGGUCUUAUUGGAUUUUAUUUUCAAUGUAGCUUCAAUCAAAUUGAUUAAUCAACUUGCAAACUCGACCUUUGUCUUCAAAGGACAAAUGUCAGAGGUGGGGUUCGUUAAAAAUCGAAAUAAAUUUUUUUUCAUCAAGGAGACUGAGCUUUUCAAUUCCCUGACUGAUGGAGUGAAAUCUACAAAUCUGUAAAAGCGAAAAUGGAGUGCAAGAAUUAAUUAUUAAUUCGUUGAUAUCAUUACGACUCUUUUUUCAUUUUUUAAUUCUCCGAUCCGUAUCUUUGAAGAUUCGCUCUCCACUUAAGUCUGCAAAGUAAGCAUUGACGGUAAAAACAUAAAAUAAACUUUUGAAAUGUCAUAAAUUGCCCCCUCUCUUUGUGCCACAAUAUUAUCCACCUAGAGAUUUUUCUGCUUCCCAAUAAAUUUGUACAUUUCUAUUGUUUAUUUCUAAUAAUAAAUUUUUCAAUUUACAAGAAAAUGUACGCCGUAUUUAGUGGCUCAUUGCAAUGAUUCCAUAAAAUUUCAUAUCUAUAAGUUUUAUUGAAAUUUAUCGGGAGAUCAUUGUCUCUCAUCCCAUUGUACGAUAAUUUGUUGUUUUUAAAUGUUAAGCCACCACUGUAUAUAUUCAUAUUUGCACUGAAUUAUCAUUAUUCCUGGUCGAUCGUAUUCUGCAGGUUUUGCAACUCUGCAAUAUUGAAAUAAAAUGUGAGACAAUCAUAACGCAGUUGGACUGUUUAUUUAUUCAUGAAAAU